AUGACCUUCAACAGGGACUUCUACUACGAUGGGUACUACUCGCCAUUCAGCUAUGAAGACCAGUACAUCUUUGGGGGCCUGAAUGGCUACCGAUUUGGAAGCCCAUAUGGCUUCUACCGGGAGCACUACCGAUAUGGGAGCCCAUAUGGCUACAGAAGCUUUGGGAACCUGUAUGGCAGCAGAGGCUUGAAUGUUUACGGGGGCUACUAUGGGAAUGGGGACUUCCUCAAUUUUGGGUAUGGCUACCCCCUCUUUUCUCAUUUUGGCAACAGAUACAGCUAUUGA